AUGGCGCAGACCCAGUCCCACCAGCUGCCUCCUCGCUCCUUUUCUCCCCCUGCCUCCAGUCCCUCUCCUGGUACCCAGCAGGCUUCGGUGCCGGGUAGCAACAUUCCCCCUCCCCCCAAAAGACAGCGCCUCUCGCCUCUUCCGCAGUCAUCACAGCCCUACAACUCUCCUCACUUUGCGCCAGUGCAGUUGUCUACGAACGGGAGCGCUAUGCAUGUGAAUGGUAUGGCAAAACAGGCCCCCAAUGCGCCCCCGCCACCCGGCUCGAUGGGGCCGCCUUCACGGCCGGUGGAAAAAGCGACAGACACUGCUGAGCUUACAGACGUGCUAGCAUCGUCUGGUAUAGAUGUGAAGGAGGAGGAGGCGUUCUUGACUAGCGGGUAUGCAAAACCAGCGGUUCCGGUCCAGCAAACGCAUUCCCAGUCCAUCUCACAUCCGCCGCGCCAGCAAACAAGCUUCUCAAACUCGUUCAAUUCCAUACCACCUGUUGGGCCUAUCACACCUUCAAACAGCUUUCCCGAACAGACACCCAAACAACCAGGCUUCCAACCAGCAGGUUACCCCUACCAGGCACCUGUUGCCCCUGCUCCGCCUAUCAAAUCACCGGAAGAGAUAUCACAAGAUGAACAACUACGACACGAUACGGCUGCUAGUAGGAGGGAGCAGUAUCAUCUCCAGUCUGCUUUUUUGCAUACUGCUGUUAUGGAGAAGAAGCUUGAGAAACGGGCCCAGGAACACGGGGUGAGGAUGCCCAUGAGUGGUGUGUUUAAACCCCUUCCCGGGCGUCCUACGGGACCUGUUGAGGUCACUGGCCCCGAUGGCUCCUCUGUCAUUAGAAGAGACAAGACCAUUUUGAACCCCGAAUCAGCACUUGGUGACAUUAUCUCGCUGCUAUCGUUAGCCUCGGAGGAGAGGCUUCGAUCUGUCAUCGAUCAUUCUGUGACUCUCUCGAGAAAUCGGCGAGUCAACUCUCACGGCGCUGUACCUUCUGAGUGGGCUGAUUUAGCUAUAAUCCAGGAAACAGCAGCUGAUGAUAAUACUUCCACAACAAAAGCAGAACAACCUUCCACAGCUGAAACGACGGUUGAUAACUCCACCUCAACAGCUAAGAAGACUACUACAUCAAGCACGUUGACUGUGAAAAGCCGUCGUCUGAUUGACAGGGAUGAAUCACAUGAGGAGCGUCGAGCUGCCAAACGUGCAAAACGCAAUGCAGAUGCCAUUCUCGGCGCUGAUGGCCGACUACCGACCCCUGGUGCAUCCACGCCCAAUGGCCUGGAUCGUGCUCCUGAUAUUGAUAAGAAAAUAUCUAAGAAAGAUAUAAAGAAGAUCGAUGUCAAAGCCACGGGUGCGGUGCAACAUCAACAUGCAAUUGAAACCGCCCGUAUGCAGACAACUAGUCUUUCUUCGCGAUUCGGCAAGAAGGGAGGCUACAGUUGGCUUAAGUCUUCGCAGCCAGCAGUUAGUAGAAGCGGCUUCUCGACACCCUCUCGACUCAGCGCGGCAGCAGCAGCAGGAUCAGCCGCAGGAGGGAAUGGAAAGCCGGGCUCCAACGCAGCGAGCAUAAAAGCUAUUCGCAAGCAGUUCGGUGAUUGGCGGGAAGACAAGGAGAAUGGAGCUGGUAUCCAAAUCCGAGACCUUCUCUUUACGCUAGAAGUGGAUGGUAGAGGUCUAAAGCAUCUACAGAAGGCUUAUUCCAAGGACGCUAAGGAGGAUUUUGCAGCCUCCUAA